AUGAUCGUCUCCUCCCGUCUCCUCCUCCGGCGCCUGCGACAGAGGAGGCGCUCCAUCCUCGCCCUGCUGCUGCUCACGUUCGCCGUCGACCUCAUCCUGCUGCUGCGCCACCGGCCAGUCACCUCCCGGUCCGCCCCCCACGCCCUCGACCGCCAUGCCCCUCGCCGCACCGGCACCGGCACCGGCACCGGCACCGGCACCGGCCCCGGCACCGGCCCCGGCCCGUCCAGCAACGAGUCCUUCUUCAUAGUCUCGGUCCAUCGCAACACGGGCGCCAUCCUGCCCGAGUGGGGCGCCGCCGUGCUCGCCCUCGUCGACUACCUGGGGCCCGCCAAUGUCUACUUCUCCGCCCUCGAGUCCGGCUCCCAGGACGACACAAAGGAGAAGCUGUCCGCCCUCAAGGCCCAGCUCGACGCCCGCCGCGUCCCCAACACCAUCACCCUCGGCCAGACCGUCUGGCAGCAGCUCGACGACAUGUGGGCCCGCCCGGCCCCCGAUGCCCCGCGCCAGGAGGGCUGGAUCUGGAACCAGGAGGACAAGGUCUACGACAAGCGCCGCAUCACCUACCUGGCCCGUGAGCGCAACCGCGCCAUGGAGCCCAUGCUCCAGCUCCAGCAGCGGCACGGCGUCGCCUUUGACAAGGUCCUGUGGCUCAACGACGUCAUCUUCGACGUCGAGGACUUUGUGACCUUGCUGCGCACCCGGGACGGCACCUACGCCGCCGCCUGCAGCAUGGACUACAAGCACCCGCCUGCCUACUACGACACCUUUGCCCUGCGGGACGGCGACGGCCGCAAGACCGCCAGCAACUACUGGCCCUGGUUCCAGGGGGGCCCCGCGCGGGACGCGGCCCUUCGCUCCGAACCCGUGCGCGUCGCCUCGUGCUGGAACGGCAUGGUCAUCUUCGACGCCGCCCCCUUCCGUGCAGACCCGCCCCUGCGCUUCCGCGCCAUCCCCGACGCCCUCGCCGAUCUGCACCUCGAGGGCAGCGAGUGCUGCCUCGUCCACGCCGACAACCCGCUUAGCGGCGAGGCCGCGCGCGGCGUGUGGCUCAACCCAAACGUGCGCGUCGCCUACAGCGCCGCCGCCUACGACGCCGUCCGCGCCCGCCCCGGCGAGCGCUUCCCGGGCAUGUGGGCGGCCGUCACAGGCGCCUGGGCCAAUCGCUGGCUGAGGUGGAGAGCGCACCUGUCACACCAUGUCGAGGGUGCCACCAUCGCCAAGAGACUGCGUCAGUGGGUGGCAGACGCUCCCGACGGUGAGCCCCGGCGCGAGCCUGGGGUUUCCUGCUUGAUCAAUGAGAAGCAGAUCAUGUGGAUGAACGGCUGGCGGCAUCUAUAA